GGAGAGGCGUCUUAAUAAACGGCCUUCUCUGAAUCCUUUCCUUUCCUCUUUUUCUUCUUAUUCAGUUUCGUGAACCUCUGCCAAAAUGAGGGAGUGCAUUUCCAUUCACAUCGGCCAAGCCGGCAUUCAGGUCGGAAACGCCUGCUGGGAGCUUUAUUGCCUCGAGCAUGGCAUUCAGGCUGAUGGCCAGAUGCCAAGUGAUAAGACCAUAGGUGGAGGCGAUGACGCAUUCAACACCUUCUUCAGUGAAACUGGAGCUGGAAAGCAUGUACCUCGUGCAGUUUUUGUAGAUCUUGAGCCUACCGUUAUUGAUGAAGUUAGGACGGGGACAUAUCGCCAACUAUUCCACCCUGAGCAACUAAUUAGUGGCAAGGAGGACGCAGCUAACAACUUUGCCCGUGGACACUAUACCAUUGGAAAAGAGAUUGUUGAUCUUUGCUUAGAUCGUAUCAGAAAGCUUGCAGACAACUGCACUGGACUCCAAGGUUUCCUGGUUUUCAACGCUGUGGGUGGAGGCACUGGUUCUGGUCUCGGUUCCCUUCUGUUGGAGCGUCUCUCGGUGGACUAUGGCAAGAAGUCCAAGCUCGGUUUCACUGUCUAUCCUUCUCCACAAGUUUCAACCUCUGUUGUAGAGCCCUAUAACAGUGUUCUUUCCACCCACUCCCUUUUGGAGCACACUGAUGUUGCUGUGCUGCUUGACAAUGAAGCCAUAUAUGAUAUUUGCAGGCGUUCACUUGACAUUGAGCGACCAACCUACACCAACCUCAACCGGUUGGUUUCCCAGGUCAUAUCAUCGCUGACGGCUUCCUUGAGGUUUGACGGUGCCUUGAACGUUGAUGUCACAGAAUUUCAGACUAAUCUGGUUCCUUAUCCCAGGAUUCACUUCAUGCUUUCAUCAUAUGCUCCCGUGAUUUCAGCAGAGAAAGCAUAUCAUGAACAGUUGUCAGUUGCAGAAAUCACAAAUAGCGCAUUUGAGCCGUCAUCCAUGAUGGCCAAGUGUGAUCCCCGCCAUGGCAAAUACAUGGCUUGCUGUCUGAUGUACAGAGGGGACGUGGUCCCUAAAGAUGUGAACGCAGCUGUGGCAACCAUCAAGACCAAGCGCACCAUCCAAUUUGUUGACUGGUGCCCUACUGGAUUCAAGUGCGGUAUCAAUUACCAGCCUCCUACUGUUGUUCCCGGGGGUGAUCUUGCCAAGGUUCAGAGAGCCGUCUGCAUGAUUUCAAACUCCACUAGUGUUGCUGAGGUUUUCUCUCGCAUUGAUCACAAAUUUGAUCUCAUGUAUGCCAAGAGGGCAUUUGUACACUGGUACGUUGGCGAGGGGAUGGAAGAAGGUGAGUUCUCCGAGGCUCGUGAAGACCUUGCUGCCCUGGAGAAGGACUACGAGGAGGUCGGUGCGGAAGCUGCGGAAGGUGAAGAAGGCGAUGAGGGAGACGAGUAUUGAUUACAAAAUUCUACCUUCAGUCUAUCAUCGUUUUAUGGUCUAGUGUUUUUUCAAAUGGCGCCGGUCGCUGAUAUGUAUUUUCCCUGGUUUUCUCUCUCUAGUUGCUGCCAUUGGCCUACCAUCUGUUAUACAGUAUGGAGCUUGAACUCUUUCAUUACUAAUGCCUCGCGAUUUGUUGUCUAAAGCGGGAGUUCAUUAUACAGCAAUUACAAAAUUGAACUUGGGUUCCA